CGCCACCAUCGCCGGGAGUCGCUUUUUCCCGCCCAGCGGCCGCCGGCCUGGCGAGCGGAUCGCGACGCAGCCGGGCCCUGCCCGCUCCUCCCAGAGGUGUGACGGGGGGCGGCGCUCGCCCGGGCACGGACUCGCCGCUCCAGGUGGGCGGCGGCCUGUAAGCAGCGUCCCGGGCCCGCGAGAGGCCUGGCGCCGGCCGCUGGGCGGGGAGGAGAGGGGCCGAGCUAACAUGGCCACUCCCGCCAAGGGGAAGAGCCUGCGGCCGCUGCACCCGGACACGCUGCGGCCACCAAAAAUCAACCUUAAUAUGGAAGAUGAGGUCCAGUUUGUGACAAUGAGAAAAACCCUGAAAGUCACAAAGCCUCGUUUUGAUGCAUCCCUGGUUUACUUGACCCGAAAAUUCAUGGAUCUUGUCAAAACUGCUCCAGAUGGUGUUCUUGAUUUGAAUGAAGUAGCAACAACUCUUGGGGUACGAAAACGAAGAGUAUAUGACAUCACCAAUGUACUGGAUGGAAUCCACCUAAUUCAGAAAAGAUCUAAGAAUCUUAUCCAGUGGGUAGGAUCUGAUCUCGAUCAGGUUGCUGGAAAGGCAUCAGAACAGCAAAAGCUUAGAGAUGAACUUUCUGAUUUAUCAACAAUGGAAGAAGCUCUGGAUGAAUUAAUUAAGGACUGUGCUCACCAGUUGUUUGAAUUAACGGAUGAUAAAGAAAACACAAAACUAGCUUAUGUGACAUAUCAAGAUAUUCAUAGCAUUAAGGCCUUUCAAGAACAGAUUGUUAUGGCAAUCAAAGCUCCAGAAGAAACAAAACUAGAAAUACCAGCUCCUAAAGAAGAUUGUAUAGAAGUACGUAUAAAGAGCACAAAGGGACCCAUUGAUGUAUAUUUAUGUGAAGUGGAGCAAGAUAACCCAGGUGCCAAAACUUUUGAAGAUAUGGAUACUCUGACGUCGGAAACUAAAUCACCGGUACCUCUUGAUGAAGAGUGAAAUCUUCUAAAUCAACUUGAAGGGUGAAGAACCAUUAGAACACCAAAUCCUGUGCAGAUUAUCAUGAAUAUCUGCACUGCAGAAUUCCCUGAGUCACUUGGAACUAUGAAUAUUUUUUCAAACUUAAAAUGGGAAUAAUUCAGUUGUUGAGUGCUUUCACACAAUUAUCUUCAAUUGCUUCAGCCUAAAAGAAGGCAAUUCAAGGAACCAUUUUUAGGAGCUUUGUUUCUACACUUGUGCGUAAUCUGCAGCGUUUGGGGGAAAUGGCCUUGUUUUUACCGUUUUUAUUAAAUAAUUUGAAUGAUAAUAAAUAUGGACAAGAAAUUACUUCAAAAAAUGAAGGUUCUUUAAAGCCACAUCUGGACCAAAAUAUGGUCCUGCAAGAAUAGAGAUAAUAAAGAAGCACUUUUAAUUCUGAAGCUGCACUGUCACUAAACAGGAUUGUUAAAUAUAAUGCAAGAAUCAAGAACUGGAGCAUUGGAAGACUUUUCUUACCCAUAAGGAAUAUGACAAGUAAACAUUAUGAAAAAUUGAAGCUAUGCCUUGCACUAUGUGGAUGUGGUUUGCAUCUAACUCUGCACGGUGCUAACAAUGAAGUUAAAGGCAUGGCUUUUGUGUGUGUGUGUGUGUGUGUGUAUAUAUAUAUAUAUCUGUAUCAUGUUUAGAUAGUCACUAAUGUAGAUUGACAAAAUGAAUUGCACUUUUGCCUUUGUACAGCAAAAACUGAAAUAAACCUGUAAAUAUAAAAAGUCAGUCUAACGGUGUUUAGUUGAACUUCAUCUUGGCUUUCUCUUUAAACAGUAGAAAGUCAUUAGGUGAAUAUAAUCACGAUUCAUCACAGUUUUAAUUGCACUGUUAAACAAUAGAAUACCAAUUGAAAUUUAUUAAAUAUUUUGGAUGUUUUUCUACAUUUUCAUAUAUAUAUAUAUUGAAAUCAAAGUAUACUUUUAUUACAAAUAUUUACACUGUAAAAAUGAUAAAAGAAAUACUAUUUUUCAAUUCAUCUCAUACAAGUACUGUAAUGCAAUCUUUUUGUUGUGCAAGUGCAACUUACAAAUGUAGAUUUUUUUAUUUUUUUUGUACACAACUGCACUCAAAAACAAAACAAUGUAAAACUUUAGAUGCUUCAAGUCCACUCGGUCCUAUUUGUUCAGCCAAUCGCUAAGUCAAACAAAUUUGUUUACAUUUACAAGAGAUAAUAUUGUCCUCUUUACAGUGUCAUCAAAAAGUAAGAACAGGUGUUCGCAUGGCACUUUUGUAGCCAGCAUUGCAAAGUCUUUACGUGCCAGAUAUGCUAAACAUUCAUAUGCCCCUUCAUGCUUUGGCCACCAUUCCAGAGGAUAUGCUUCCAUGCUGAUGCUCAUUUAAAAAAAAUAGUACAUUAAUUAAAUUUGUGACUGAACUCCUUGGGGGAGAAUUGUAUGUUCCCUGCUCUUUUUUGCCCACUUCUGCCAUAUAUUUCAUGUUAUAGCAGUCUCGGAUGAUGGCUCAGCACUUUCACUGCAGAUUUGACAAAACACAAGGUACCAAUGUGAGAUUUCUAAAGAUAGCUACAGUACUUGACCCAAGGUUUAAGAAUCUGAAGUGCCUUCCAAAAUCUGAAAGGGACGAGGUGUGGAGCAUGCUUUCAGAAGUCUUAAAAGAGCAAUACUCCGAUGCGGAAACUACAGAACCCAAACCAGCAAAAAAGAACAACAACCUUCUGCUGGUGGCAUCUGACUCGGAUAAUGAAAAUGAACAUGCGUUGGUCCUCAGUGCUUUGGAUUGUUAUCGAGCAGAACCUGUCAUCCGCAUGGACUCGCAUCCUCUGGCAUGGUGGUUGAAGCAGGAAGGGACAUAUGAAUCUUUGUGCAUAUGGCAUGUAAAUAUCUUGCAACACCGGUUACAACAGUGCCUUGAGAAGACCUGUUUUCACUUUCAGGUGACAUUGUAAACAAGAAGUAGGCAGCAUUAUCUUCUGCAAAUGUAAACAAACUUGAUUGGCUGAACAAGAAGUAGGACUGAGUGGACUUGCAAGCUUCAAAAUUUUACAUGGUUUUAUUUAUGAAUGCAGUUUUUUUCUUUUCACAAUUCUAUAUUUGUAAGUUCAACUUUCAUGAUAAAGAGAUUGCACUACAGUACUUGCAUUAGGUGAAUUGAAAAAUACUAUUUUUGGUUUUUACAGUGCAAAUACUUCGUAAUCAAAAAUAAAUUAUAAAGUGAGUACUGUGCACUUGAAAUCAAUAAAUUUGAAAAUGUAGAACACAUCCAAAAAUAUUUAAAUGGUAUUCUAUUAUUGUUUAACAGUGCAAUUAAUUGUGUGAUUUUUUUUAAUUGCUUGCCAGCCCUAAUUGAAACAUUUUAUUGUACCGGCUCACUAACUUCUAUAAUUAGAUGGUAUGUCAUUGUAGUAUUGAGGCAUCUUGACAGUGCUACAUACCCAGUGAUCGAUGUGUAAAUCUGUUGUUAAUAGUUGCUGCAUAUGUCUUGAACUUAACUGUAAUGCAGUGCUUCAGAAUAGUAGAGCUGCCUUUUUCAUAAUUUUACCAUGCAAAAAGGUGCCUAAUUUGGAACUGUUCUCUCAGCUGUAGCUGCAGUUUCCCUUUUUUUCUAAAAUGUUUAACAAGGUAUAAAGUGUUUUACACUACUGUCCCUCUGGGACUAUUUUUCCAAAUGAGUUAGUUCAUCUGGGAUAACAACUUAAGUGUGGGACUCGCUAUUGUUUUGCUAUAGUAUAGAUUGUAUGCGUAUCAAGAUUUUUCUUUAAUUUGCCCAUGCAUAAUUUUAAACUUCCAACUAUGACAGACUUAGUGUAAUCACUUUCUCAAUUCACAGGAAGGUCAAAAAUAGAACUACCACUAUGUUCUAACUGCUGAAAUACUUUACUGUAGUUAAGUCCAUUAAAGCCAAUGCUAAUUGGAGACUUCAGCUAAUCAGAAUUUUUAAAUAUUGAUGUUUUAUACAGCUGUUUAAAACAAGUCCGCUUUUAUUUUGUUAACAAACAGCAGAGGGUAGCGGACUCUAAAUAGCUUAAAUGCAACUAAAUGAAGACCCCAAAUUAAUCCAAUUAUAUAUAGUUUGCCCAGUAGAUAAAGUAUUAAGCAGACCAAUACUUGUUUCAAGCAGCACUCAGAUGUUUUCUAUGUGAUCUAACAACUUCCAGAUCUAGGGAGAUGGCUUAGUGAAUUCCAAAUGGGACUUCAGCAUUAUUGGAAUCUCAUUAUCUUUCCUACUUUGGCUUCCUUUAGUACAGUGAACCAUGAGCUUCAAUAGAAGCAUUACUUAGGAUUCAUCUAAGGUUUAGGAAAAAAUGAAGGUACACUUGCUGGCUUGGUUAUAAUAUGGAUUGAGAUGAAGCUUGUAAAGGAUCCGGAGCAAGCAAGAAAUUAGAAAGCAUCUGUGAGUAGAGAGAUCAUUGGAGGAAGAUAUGAUUUCUUGAGAACCUGUUCAGUAGACCUUAGAUUAAAUUGUCUGAGUUGCAAGACCUCAGUCUGUCUGACAAAACAUAUCUCCCUCUAGGUGGCAGAGUUGUUUGCUUUUGGACGGAAUAAGCAGUAAUCAUUUAAUUAGCCUUUUCUAGGAUCAUUUCAACAGUUUGGACAAUUUGGACUGUUUACUGUGAAAUAAACACUUAAGAUUUUAUUAGCACAAGAGUGAGGAAACCUACAUUUUGUGCAUUAGGAUAGGGUCUUGAACUGGAGCUGUGAAGUCAUGUAAUGUGGAAUAAUGAGCUGUGCAUAUAUUAAAUGGACUCCAUCUUAAACACACUUGUCAAUGUUAUUUGCAACAAGUAAAAAUAUUGACAUCGCUAUUAAAGAGAAGUUGAGGAAGUUUUUUCUUUGUCAUGUAUUUUUGUCAUGCAUUUUGUAGAUAGUAUCCUCUUUUCACCUUUUAGUGUGGGUCUUUCACACAGCAACAGAUGGAGGAAAAACAUUUAAACAU